AUGGUGAAAGAAUCACCAUCAUCGUAUUUCCAAGGUAACCCUCCAGUGACGGUCCGCAGGCCUUUCCCUCUGUCUCACGGGACAACGACCCUGGGCUUUGUCUUCCAAGGUGGGGUCAUUGCAGCUGCAGACACUCGUGCCAGUGCUGGGGGGCUUGUUGCUUGCCCAGAAGUGGAAAAGAUUAACCCUAUUCACUCCCACUUAGUGGUCACCUCUUCUGGGAGUGGUGCAGACUGCAUGUUGUGGGAACGAAUACUGACAAGAGAGAUCAGACUCUACCAGCUGAGACACAAACGCUGUCUGUCCAUAAGCGGCACUGCCAAGCUCCUUUCAUUUAUGCUGCAUCCAUUUAAAGGGACUGAUGUGUGUGUGGCCCUUACACUUUGUGGUUGGGAUAAAGAAGCAGGAAACAUCGACUCUGUAAGAGAAUACUCUUCUUUUAUGACAGAUGAUAGCUCCACAAGUAUUAACAGUAACCAGCUUGUUACUACCACAGCCUGCUCCCCAUCCCCUAAUAGUGGCCCAAAGCUGAUAUAUGUGUGCAGUGAUGGUGCCCGGCUGCAGGGAAACAUCUUCUCUGUUGGCUCAGGUUCCCCCUAUGCCUACGGAGUCCUAGACAGAGAACUGAGUUGGAGCCUGAGUAAUGAAGAGGCCAUUUCCUUAGCAAGAGAAGCUGUGUUUAGAGCCACUCACAGAGAUGCCUACUCUGGAAACAAUGUGGACCUCUUUCAUAUCACAGCCCAAGGAUGGCACCAAAGGAAGAGGGAGAACUUGAAGGAGGAAUAUUACAGAGACAUGAAGAAGAGGGCAAAGAAAGUUGAGGAAAGAAAAAGAAUGGCAAAUGAAUUAGAUACUCACAACUAA